AUGGUCAAAGCUGUUGUUCUUGGUGCCUCUGGCGGCAUUGGCCAGCCGCUCUCACUGCUGCUCAAGGCCUCUCCCCUGGUGGACGAGCUUGCCCUGUACGAUGUCGUCAACACUCCUGGCGUGGCCGCCGACCUGUCCCACAUCUCCUCCGUUGCCAAAAUCUCGGGCUACCUCCCCAAAGAUGACGGCCUGAAGCACGCCUUAACUGGCGCCGACAUCGUGGUCAUCCCGGCUGGCAUUCCCCGCAAGCCUGGUAUGACCCGUGACGACCUCUUCAAGAUCAAUGCCGGCAUUGUUCGUGACCUGGUCAAGGGCAUUGCUGAAUUCUGCCCCAAGGCGUUCGUUCUGGUCAUCUCCAACCCCGUCAACUCCACCGUGCCCAUUGCCGCCGAGAUCCUCAAGGCUGCUGGUGUCUUCAACCCCCAGCGCCUGUUCGGUGUGACGACUCUGGAUGUGGUUCGCGCCGAGACUUUCACCCAGGAGUUCUCCGGUCUGUCGGACCCCUCCAAGGCCACCGUCCCCGUCAUCGGUGGUCACUCUGGCGAGACGAUCGUCCCGCUGUUCAGCAAGGUCUCUCCUAAGUUCGAGAUCCCUGCUGACCGCUAUGAUGCUCUUGUCAACCGCGUCCAGUUCGGUGGUGAUGAGGUUGUCAAGGCCAAGGACGGUGCCGGUUCAGCGACUCUUUCCAUGGCAUUUGCCGGUUUCAGAUUUGCCGAGGCUGUGAUCAGGGCCGCUAAGGGUGAGAAGGGCAUUGUCGAGCCUACUUUCGUCUACCUGCCCGGUGUCCCUGGUGGCGAGGAGAUCGCCAAGGCGACUGGUGUUGACUUCUUCUCCACCCCCGUGGAACUUGGCCCCAACGGCGCCGAGAAGGCCACCAACAUCCUCGGUGGCGUGACCGAUCAGGAGCAGAAGCUCCUCGAGGCUUGCAUCAAGGGCCUGAAGGGCAACAUCGAAAAGGGUGUCGAGUUUGCCCAGAACCCCCCGCCAAAGUAA